UUUAGAGACUCCUGUAGUGAAUUCCAGCUCACUGGUGCUCUGAGCUAAAAGCAGCUUUUCCCAGUUCAGUAAAAACUCUCGGUACCUGACAGGUCUCUCAGGUUUAAGAAUGCUGGGUUGGUUCGGUAAGCAGCUCGCUCGGCCCACUCAGUCCCUCUCCGGGUGGCUGACUACCAGGUUCUUCAAAUUCCACAACCACCUGCUGGAGGAGAACUCAGUGAAGCUCUGCGACCUGCAGCCUGAUGAGACGGUGCUGGAGAUUGGACACGGACCGGGGCUCGGCCUGCAGCAUGCGAUCCAGAAACUGACCGGGCCACAGGGGAGGCUGCUGGGGGUGGAUUACUCUGAGUAUAUGCACCUUAUGGCCUCGGAGCUGAUGAAGGAGCAGAUCUCUGCUGGUAAAGUGAAGCUGUUCCUCAGUGAUGUUGCAAAGAUGCCCAUAGAAGAUAACAGUGUGGAUAAAGUGUUCCACUGUAACUGCUACUACUUCUGGCCUGAUCUGAAGAGAGGAGCUGCAGAGAUACACCGAGUCAUGAAACCAGGUGGGCUGAUGGUGACGACUCUCCGACUGGACAGAGUAAUUUUAUUUGCCUCUAAGAAAAUAAUGACCGCAGAGAACUGGCGUCCAAAGGACUAUAUGGAGGCUCUGGAGAGCGCUAGGUUCAUAAACGUCAGGAUGGAGAACAGAAAACCCUCAGAGCUUCAGCUACAGUGUCAACUCACUGUCAAUCACACUGACAUCACACUGAACACUGAGCCCUUUACUCUGAGAGGACACCCCCAGACACAUAAGCCCCACCCACUUUAUGCAGACAGAACACGCCCAGACAUGUAAACCCCGCCUACUUUGCUCUGACAUGACCAACCAGAUACAUAAGCCCCCUCCCAUUUUACUUUGAUAGAACACGCCCAGAUGAACAAGCCCCACUCACUUUAUCCCAUAGGACACAACCAGAAGCAUAAGCCCCGCACACUUUACUCUGAUAGGAAGCACACAGAUUAAUAAACUCCACCUGCUUUACUCUGAUAGGAUGCGCCCGGAUUAAUAACCCACAUACUUGACUCUGAUAUGACAUGCCCAGACGAAUAAGCCCCGCUCUGAUAGGACACACCCAGAUACAUAAGACGCGCCCACUUUAACUACAUAAAUGCAGAUAUUUCAGUGAAGUCACUCAUUGUCACCUGAAGACUCUGCUCUUCAAUAAACAUCAUCAUUAUUAACAGCAGAUGUAUUUUUAUCGAGUUAAACUAAAUGUUGUCAGUAGGGGCCGCUGCAGCUCCUUCUGCGGUCCUGUCUGUGUAUUUCAGUGCUGCUCGCUCUAAAUCAGGCUUUUAUUUUCACCUAUUUGUUUGUUUUAUUUGAGUUUGUGCUGUUAUUUUUCAGACUGAGCCAAGUGUAAAUCCUGAAUGUGAUUGUGGAUGAAAGCAGUGGAGUCUGACCAGAUAUGUAUAGAUUUAUUGUUUUAUUAUAUAGGUUAUUAUUGAUCAGCUGUAUGAAAUUUUCUCAAUUUUGAUCAGCUGUAUGAAAGCCAAACAGCAUAAUCACACACUAAAUUUAAUUUAUAGCUGAAUUUCACAUUCAUACAUUUUCAAACUCAUAUCUUUUAUUCUUUCAUAAGAAACCUGAUUAGCUCAUCUGACAGAAAACAAAGCUGUUAAACUGUUUGGAAUUAUUUCAUCUGUUACUCGUUUAUUUUAAUUACUUUGUUUGUUGUGUGUGCCUUUUUCUUUCUCUACCUCUCUGUGUUCUUCUACUUCAUUCAUAUACUGUAUUCUCUUUAUUCUGAUAUACAAUUUUCAAUAAAAAUAAUAAUAAUAAUGAUAAUAAAAAAAGCA